AUGGCUGCCAAUCCCCCACAUACCAGUGGCCCUCACCUGCCCUCGGCCUCGGCCUCUGCUGUCAACGGGACGACCAGCUAUGACUAUUCGAGCAACACUUAUUACCACCAGCCCGCACCAGUGCCUGCUAGCCACGGCGCCCUUUUGGAUCAACCUUCGUCAUCGACGCAGGACCACGGCGAUCCCUAUUCUACGUCGCACAGCCGCCAUCCCCAGUUUCCCGACCACCAGGAAAACGAGCAGACCCUCUCCAACACCCUCGCGAAUUCGCACCAUCACGCUAUUAUCGACCACCUCAUCGCGCCCGCUCCUACCAGAUUCGGCGGCGGGCCCAAGUUUACCGAGGAAUGGGAUGCUAGCCAGCGCGGAAGCUCCAUCAUCAACGGUCCUGUCCCCCGUCGCAACAACACCAUGGCGGGCAGCAUACAGCGCUCCAACUCCUUCUCCGGCUCCACCACUGGCAGCGCCCUCGGCGGGCUGGAUGGCCACAGCAGCGUCCAGCUGUCGCGGAACAACACCCUCAAGAAGAGGUCUUCGCUGCGAAGGGCUAGCAGUAUGAGGAGGUCUGGCAGCCGUCGGAGCAUGAAGGCCGGCAGUGUCAGGAGCCUGGCGCUGCAGAGCAACCCGGAUGAGGAUGAGCUGCACAGCGCCUUCCACUGUCCAGUGCCCACCAAGGGCAAUCCGACUGAAGCCCUUGCCAACCGCUUCCAAGAAUGGCGCAAGGUCCUAAAGGACUUGAUCACCUACUUCAAAGAGAUCCAGACUCACUAUGAAUCAAAGUCCAAAUCGCUAGUGAAGCUUGCCAACGUUUUGAACAAUGUGCAUAUGCCGCCAGGGUUCCUGUCCUCCGGCGGCCUCGACGAUGCAGUGCAGGUCUUGCGCAACUACAACUCACAGGCCAUAAUUGAAGCAAACAAAGCCCGCGAAAUCGAGGAGGAUGUCAUCUUGGCUCUGACGGGGCUGAGAAGCGAUCUGCAACUUAAAAUAAAGGAAAUCAAAGGUCUAUCGGGCGACUUCAAGAACUCGGUUGAGAAGGAGAUGGACGCAACGGCCCGCGUUGUCAGCACCCUCCAGGAAGUACUCGGCAAGACCGAUCUUGACUCUGCCUUGACGACCGGCAAGGAGGACCCGUACCUUCUGCGCCUGGCCGUGGAUAGGCAGCUUGAGAGGCAGCUCGAUGAGGAGAACUACUUACACCAGGCCUAUCUGAAUCUGGAAAACUCUGGCCGCGAGCUUGAGUCUAUUGUCGUUGGGGAGAUUCAAAAGUCUUAUAACGCCUACGCCGGCAUCAUGAAGCGGGAAGCUGAGGCUGCCUGGAAUGCUAUCGAGGAGCUCCGUGUAGGACCCGUUGCCAUGCCCAAGGACCACGAAUGGGCCAGCUUUGUGAAGAAGGACGACCAAUUCGUGGAUCCAAAUAUUCCCAUCCGGUCCUCACAAUUCAUACACUAUCCUGGAAAAGAUCACUAUGCUUGCCAGGAGAUUAGGGCCGGUCUUCUCGAACGGAAGACGAAGUACCUCAAGAGCUAUAGUGCUGGGUACGUGCUCUCUCCAACUCAUCUUCAUGAGUUCAAAUCUGCGGACAAGACACAGUCUCCUGUCAUGUCUCUCUACCUCCCGGAACAGAAAUUGGGGUCCCGCUCGCAGGUCGGUGGAAGCUCGCCGAAGUUCAUCCUGAAGGGCCGACAGACCGGCGGCGUUCAUAGGGGACACUCGUGGGUCUUCCGUGCCGAGAGCUUCGACACCAUGUUGGCUUGGUACGAGGACAUCAAGGCCCUCACCGAGAAGACCCCCCAGGAACGGUCCGAGUUCGUCCGUGGCCACUCGAGAAGCUUCAGCCGAUCCUCAUCGCGACGAUCGGUGUCCAGUGACGGAGUUGUCGACGAGGACGACGAGGAACCGUACUCGGCACACAAUUCCGCAGCGGCGCUCGGCCAGCCGGGCUCAGCAUACCAGCAAGACGUACCGAGACGUCCCUCUCCAGGUGGGCGAUUUCCGUCAGAUCUCCAGGUCACCGCACAACGAGGCUUACAGGCUCCCCUCUCGCCCUCUAGCUCAAGCUCGCAGGGCUUCAACGAUAGGCAGCAACGACCAAGGAACGACCGCGAUAUUGUAGCUGCGGCAGGAGCCCUACCAGGAAGCAGCUUUGAACAGCAUUACCCGUCCGCGACAGCGGCGCCAAGGGAGCCGGGAUUCGAUUAUGGCAGUGCUGUUCACGCUCCGAUUGAGCAGACCCACGCCCGUGCCGCUGAGGCCAGCCAGGAGGCCCGAGAGGAUGGCAUAAACCCAUACACAAACGAGUCAGUUCAGAACCAAGGUGGAUAUGUGCUCUACGAUCACCAGCCAGCCACGAACACUGCCAGACAGGCACAUAGCGAUGAUACCAAGACCGAAGCUUUGAGGAUGCGGAGGAAGAGCAGCCAUGAGGCCAAUUGGUUGGGCGGGGGCCCUGUGGAGGCUGCUGCCAUCCCAGUCGUUGCCGACAGAAACAACCGGCAACCCAAUGACCGAAGUGGUGGCAUCAAUAACACAGGUGUUUGUAUGGAUGGCACCUUGAACAACGACCAGGCUAUCUCGGCGCAUGAAUAUCAGUACUUUAACUUGAAAAAGCUCCCACAAACAACGAUCGCGCCCAUGCCAUCGGAGCACACGCACAACACGGCGGAACACCUGAACAGACCGGCACCUAGCGAGAGGACGGAGAGCGACGCCACGCUUAGUAGCCAGGUCACGGUGCCGACCAUCUCGAACCUACACAUCCCAGGCGAGUAUCCGAAAGCGUCCGCGAAUUAG